GCUUCCCGUAGUCACGUGACGCGGAGCGCGGAACGGCGGUUUGUCUCCGACUUUGUCAGUUGUCGAUGUUGUUUGUUUGUUUUCGUUGUUGUUUUCUCAGGAGUUAUGGCUGCAAACUACCAGAACUCGACUCUCUCGCUGACUCUGCCGAUUUCCUGCCAGAUCUGCCUCGGAAAGGUCCGACAGCCGGUUAUCUGCCCCAACCACCACGUGUUCUGCUCGUGCUGCAUGGAGAUGUGGUUGAAGAAUGGCAGCCAGUGUCCCACCUGCAGGGAGCCCAUCACGGAGGAGAACCCGUGCAGGGAGAUCCUGGGAGGAACGAACGACGGCGAUUACAGCGAUAAUCCUUCGAUGAGGAAAAGCCUCCGGAAAACCAGAGGAGAACUGCUGCUGCGGGAGUACGAGGAGGAGAUCGAUGGGCUCCUAAAAGAAAACAAGGAGCUAAAAAGAAAAACGGAAGAUCUGGAGGAGCAGCUGAGGGCCGCCCUGGACCCCUGCGCCUUGAGCACGGAGCAGCCAGACGACACAGGAGUGUCCCCGUUCAUCAUGGAGGAAUGGAAGAACAAGCUGCAAGCCGCUACAGACGUUUGUGAAAAGAUAAAGCAGGACAUGGACAAGCUGAGAGAGACCAACAAGGCCUUGCGGUCUCAAAACGUCGACCUUGUCCAGGAGAACACGAGGCUGAAGGCGGAGGUGGCGAGCAGAUCUCCCCAGAAGUUUGGGCGAUACACGGUGGCGGCGCUGGAAGCCAAAAUCCAGCAGUACGAGCGCGACGUGGACCACCUGAAGAGAGCUCUGGAACGCAGCGACCAGUACGUCGACGACCUGGAGUCCCGGGUCAAAAAGGCCGAGAAGAGACAGCUGGAAGCCCAGGAGGCGUUCAGGAGUAACAAGGGUGCUGCAGAAGCUCUCGUCCAGCAACAGAAGAUCAGCAUGAUGAUGAGAAGUUUGAGUGACAGCGAGAGAGUGUCCAUCUGCAGCAACCCAGAGGCAGAGAGCCAAACGUUCCAGAGAAACCAGAGUUUGGUGUUCAUGCCGUCUACGGAGCGUAAAGAUCCGACCGGAGAGCAGAACAACGAGGACGCUGAAAACACCUCGGACUUCCUGCCCUCUACUCCUUCCUCGGCUUUCCGCUCUCUGACCCUGAGGAGUCCAACCAUCCGAGAAAAGAAAGUUUCAUUCAAACCCGUGACUUUCCUGAGACGGCUUGAUUUUGAAGAAUCUCCCAGGAAAACCUCGGGAAACAGAUUCAGCAGCCUGGAGAAGUUCCCCAAAGCCCUGCAUCUCCACAACGCGGACCCGUCAAAGUCCGUCUUCUGGGAUUUGUGGCAGAGUUCUCACGAGCCGUCCCGUCCAGGUCCGAGUAAAAAAAGUGAAGCGGGGGAAUCUUCGUCCUCCGAUUCGAUAAGUGAAGAGCCGGACAGUUUUCAGACGGCUAGCGAGGCCUCCAUGGAUGCGGCUUACCUGGACAAAAUCUCAGAGUUGGACUCCAUGAUGCUGGACGGAGAAAGUUCCAGCAGCCGGGGCUCGCAGCUCUCCUGGGCUUCCUCUCCUCAAGUAGACUUGGAUGGAACUCUGGUCCCAGAGCCAAAAACGUGCCUGAGCGAUGCUGCCAAACCCGAAGUCCAAGCCGGACAUCAGAACCAGUGUCCAGACGACUGCACGGGCCGCACAUCGGAUACCAAAGAGGCUCCAACCGGCUCCGAAGAGGAAGCUUCCUCAGCCCAGGUGUCCGUUACGAUGAGCGGUGACUCUGCAGAGCGCGGAGGACCCUCUCACACCGAAGAGCUGUCUUUUGAUUUGUUGUUUGAUCCUCUGGACGAGGUCAGGAUUGGUUCCCUCAGUCCGGUUAUCCAGGAUCAGGUAAACCCUUCUUCGUCCCCCGGCAGCAACCCUGAGAACACAAGAGAGAGAGCUGCAGUGAACAGCAGCCAGCCAACCAAACGCAAGUCUCACAGCCCCUUCAGCAUGAACAGUCCCACCAAACUCUCAAAGCUCAUGUGAUUCAGAAUGAUCCAUUUAAAGCUAAUUAACUGGAAACUUGUGUUGCAGAAUCAAAUGCUGCAUUUGAUGCUGCAGGGUCUCACUUAUUGUCAUUUUUUUCUCUGUAGAGGGUUUAGAACUGAGCUAACGUCAGAUAUUGUGUUUUUAAAUGUGCUUGUGUGUCUCUGAGCAGCUGAGUAAUUAUGAACCAAGAUCAACAGGUUUCCUUUCAGCUACUCGUUGGUCAUUCCAGCUGUUGAGCCAGAUGGAUCUUCAUUUUAUCACAUUCAGCGCCGAAAAGUUGUAUUUAAAUAAAAAUGUCCUGAAGUAAUGAUUUGAAUUG